AUGCGUUUACCUCUACAAAAAUGGCUUAUAGCCCUUGCCGCAACAAUAUGCAGCCUAAGUGCAGUGGCAGCGGCUGAUCCUCUGGUUUCAAAGGCCGGCGAUAAGGCGAUUGUUCCAGGAUGGCAUCUUCAGUCAGUUAUGCGCGUCUCGGAUGACAUGGCUAUGCUAUCAAAGCCAGGGCUCAACACAACUCACUGGUACCGUGUUGCGGCACGCGGAACAGUCAUGGCUGGUCUCAUCGAGAAUGGCAUGUAUAACGACACGCAUCUGUUCUUUUCCGACAAUAUGGAGAGUGUGGGAGUCGGGGAGAUCUUCCGGCAGCCAUGGUUGUACCGAGAAGAGUUUACAAUAAACCCAUCUGGCGAUCAGCACUUCGAUUUGAUCACUCACGGGAUCACCUCGAAAGCUGAUAUUUAUAUGAAUGGUGCACGCGUCGCAUCUAAGGAGGAGCAGCAAGGCUCCUACGAUGGACACAUAUACAACAUAACAACUCACAUUCAGGAAGGAAACAACUGUCUUCUCAUCCGCGCAUACCCUACGAAUUAUGAUCGGGAUUUUGCACAGAGCUUCGAAGACUGGAAUCCCCGCCCCGCAGAUAAUGGCACGGGCGUGUGGCGCAAUGUCGAGAUCUCUCAAACUGGCGCAGUCUCCAUGUCCCCAUUUCGAGUGAAUACCGACUUCAAGGAUUUCAUGACUCCAAACGGAAAGGACGACGUGGGUGUUACACUGACGACUGACUUGGUUAAUAAAGAGUCAAGAAUCGUUCGCGUCACCCUCGACGGCGCCAUACAACCGCCAAACGGCGGCGAGCCAAUUCAAUUUACCCGAAACUUCAGUCUCAUGCCAGGCCAAAAGAAAAAGGCAUCUAUCAGGGUCAGCGUUGAGAAACCCCAGAUCUGGUGGCCUGCUAGCUGGGGCUCACAGCCUCUGUACUCAGCUCAUGCCACCAUGUUUCUUGAUGAUGAUAGCCAACAAAUUUCAGAUCGCUCUCGUGCUCUUCGAUUUGGAAUCAGAAGCGCCCACUCAUCUCUCAAUUCACACAAUGAUACCGAAUUCAUUGUGAACGGAUAUCCAUUCGAAGUUCUAGGAGCAGGCUAUGGGCCAGAUAUUUUCUUGCGAUACGAUGAAAAUCGAGUCCAGACUAUCUUUCAGUACAUGCUUGAUAUGGGACUGAACACCGUCCGACUGGAAGGAAAACAGGAGCAUCCUGAGCUUUAUGAAUUAGCUGAUCGGAUGGGAAUGAUGAUUCUGGCGGGCUGGGAAUGCUGCACCAAAUGGGAAGGCUGGGAGUACAAUGAUGAUGGCACUGGAUACAAAUGGGAAGAUGCCGACUAUCCGAUCGCUGGCGCUGCAAUGCUUCACGAAGCUGAGAUGAUGCAACCACAUCCGUCUAUGCUUGGCUUUUUGGUAGGAUCAGAUUAUUGGCCUAACGAUCGAGCCACGGAAGUAUACAAUGACGCUUUAACGAAGAUGGAUUGGCGCAAUCCUAUUAUUGCAUCGGCGAGCAAGCGUGGAUAUCCAGAGGAUCUCGGCCCAUCGGGAAUGAAAAUGGAUGGCCCCUAUGACUGGGUUCCACCAAAUUACUGGUAUGGAGACAAAUUAGGGGCUGGGUUUGGGUUUGGCUCUGAGCUGGGCUCGGGCGUCGGCACGCCUGAGAUGGGAACCCUGAAAAGGUUCAUGUCGAACGACGAACUGAAGACUCUUUGGACUGAGCCUGAGGAAGGGUUGUACCAUAUGUCAAGUGCGGUUUCGUCUUUUUACAAUCGGGAGAUAUACAACAAGGGUAUUUACAGUCGUUACGGAAACCCAAAAAGUCUGGAAGACUAUAUCCUUAAGUGCCAAAUGGCAGACUACGAAGCAACUCGCGCUCAAUUUGAAGCCUACUCUGCUCACCAAAGUUCUUCUCGUCCUGCGACCGGCGCAAUCUACUGGAUGUUAAAUAGUGCAUGGCCUAAUUUGCACUGGCAACUAUUUGACUACUACCUAAAUCCGAUGGGCUCAUACUUUGGCACUAAGGUUGGAUCUCGCAUGGAACAUGUUGCAUAUGACUACGAGACCGAAAGUAUCUGGCUCAUCAACCACUCUAUCAAGAGCAAAGGUGAUCGUCAGAUUUUGGUCGAUUUAAUUGACGCGAAUGGCAAAAAGAUUUCCAGCACCAAGCUGAAGACUCACACAUUGCCUACCACUUCGAAACAACUUUACUCGGUGAGUGGCAUUGACAAGAUCAAAGAUGUGGCAUUCCUGCGGGUUGUCCUCAAAGAUGCAAAAGGAGAGCAUGAACUCAGUCGCAAUGUAUACUGGCUUUCGCCCAAGCCUGAUGUAUUGGAUUGGUCAAACUCGACAUGGUAUCACACUCCCGUGACUAAAUAUGCAGACCUCACCAAGUUGGAAUCAUUGGCGCCUGCUACCGUCAAAGUUAAGGUCAAAAGUUCCAAAGUCAAGAGUCGAAAUGGUUGGACUCAUAGAGAGGUUGAGUUGGAGAAUAAGUCUAAAAUUCCCGCGGUAUUCAUGCACCUGAAUGCAAUCGACUCGAAUGGCAAUGAAAUUGCCCCGGUCAUUUGGUCUGACAACUACAUCACCUUAUGGCCACGUGAGAAGAUCAGCCUUGCUCUUCAGUUGGAAGGUGAUAUACACUCAUGGAAAUUGGAGCUCUCUGGGCGCAACAUAAAGAAACAAACCUUCAAGGGGAAAUGA